GGCGCUAGCUAGCAAACCAAGAGGUCUCGUCGUCGUUUAAACAGGCCACCAGCCAGCCACCAGCAACUCUCCUGCUCCUCUCCUCAGUUCUCGCUCACUCUACACCAGUGCUAGAGUAAUAUACAAGUAAGCAAAAGCAACCACCAGCAAGUUGACGCACGGGCUUCGGGCAUCGGGCAAUAUCUCCUCCAAAAGCAAUAUGGCGAAGUGUGUCACGAGUACGGUUAGACGUCGUAGUGAUCUUUGAACGAAAUAAAAUAAUAAAUAAAUAUUUAAUAAUAGUAAAUAUUAAAAUGAAAGGCUGAGGUAUGGGUUGACUCUAAAGUUUUAUUUUAAAAAUAAUGCGCCGUAAAAAUUAUUUUGUGAUUGACAAGACAGUGUGUUGCAAGUUUAACAUCUCGCUGUUUUUAUUGUUGUGAUUUUCGUUUAUUUUAUAUUCAUUAUAAUUACCAUUAUAAAUAUAUUUAUAUAUUUAUAAUCUAUUAAUAUAUAGAUAUAUAUAUUUCAAUAUCUAUAUUAUAUUUUAUUGAUAUUGUGAGCGUAAUUGAUUGUGUGAAUCAUGGCCACGGAUAAAAUUAAGGUUGCCGUGCGAGUCAGGCCAUUCAAUCGCCGAGAAUUGGAACUUGGGACACAAUGUGUUGUGGAAAUGACUUCACAACAGACUAUUCUACAACAUCCCACGAGUAUGGAUAAAAUUGAAAGAAAUAAACCCAAGACGUUUGCUUUUGAUCACUGCUUCUAUUCAUUGGAUCCUGGUAGUGAAAAUUUUGCUAGCCAAGAUUUUGUAUUUGAUGCUCUCGGACGUGAUAUUUUGGACAAUGCAUUCCAGGGUUACAAUGCCUGCAUUUUCGCUUAUGGACAAACCGGUUCUGGGAAGUCUUACACAAUGAUGGGUAGUGGUGACAACAAAGGCAUAAUCCCGCGACUGUGUGACAACCUCUUCGACAUGAUUGCGAAGCAACAAAGCUCGGAAUUAAGUUACAAGGUCGAGGUCUCGUACAUGGAAAUUUAUAAUGAAAAGGUACACGAUCUACUGGAUCCAAAACCCAACAAGCAAUCCCUCAAAGUCAGGGAGCACAAUGUUUUAGGACCUUACGUUGAUGGAUUGAGUCAACUUGCUGUUACUUCGUAUCAGGAUAUCGACAAUUUAAUGACUGAAGGAAACAAAUCUCGGACAGUGGCAGCGACAAAUAUGAAUUCCGAGAGCUCACGUUCCCAUGCUGUAUUUUCAGUGAUACUCACGCAAACAUUGACCGACAUGCGGAGUGGCGUAACCGGUGAAAAAGUGUCACGUAUGAGUUUAGUUGAUUUGGCUGGUAGUGAGAGAGCCGUUAAAACCGGAGCUGUCGGUGAUCGACUUAAAGAAGGCAGUAAUAUUAAUAAGUCAUUAACAACGUUGGGUCUAGUCAUCUCAAAAUUAGCAGAUCAGAAUUCUGGUGGUAAAAAUCGUGAUAAGUUUGUACCCUAUCGUGAUUCUGUUUUAACAUGGCUGUUGAAAGAUAAUUUGGGUGGAAACAGUAAAACCGUGAUGGUGGCCACAAUAUCACCUGCGGCUGAUAAUUAUGAGGAAACAUUAUCAACGCUGCGGUAUGCCGAUCGUGCUAAGAGAAUAGUUAAUCAUGCUGUUGUUAAUGAGGAUCCUAAUGCCAGAAUAAUCCGGGAAUUGCGUCAAGAGGUUGAAGCGCUCAAAGAAAUGCUGCUGCAUGCUACUGGUCAGGGUCUGGCGGUUGGUCAGCGACGCACUGACCUGACGGAAAAAAUAUCCGCGUCCGAGCGAUUGAUGAAGGAAAUGUCGCAAACUUGGGAGGAGAAAUUAGUUAAGACUGAACGACUACAGCACGAACGGCAGCACGCGCUCGAGAAAAUGGGAAUAAGUGUCCAGGCCUCGGGAAUUCAAGUGGAAAAAAAUAAAUUCUAUUUAGUUAAUUUGAAUGACGACCCCAGUCUCAAUGAGCUUUUGGUUUAUUAUUUAAAGGAAAAGACUUUAGUCGGCGGUAGAUCAGCGACGACAGAGCAGGAUAUUCAAUUACACGGACUGGGUAUUUUACCUGAGCACUGUGUAAUAACCAUCGAGGACUCAGCUCUCUACAUGACACCUCUAAAUGGAGCCAGAUGUUUUGUAAAUGGUAGUCAAGUCGUAGAAAAAACUCCAUUAUUACACGGGGAUAGAAUUGUAUGGGGUAAUCACCAUUUCUUCCGAGUAAAUUGUCCUCGCAGCGCUACCGCUAUCAGCAGUGAACCUCAGACACCGGCUCAAAAUAUUGACUACAACUUUGCCAAGGAGGAACUGAUGUUAAAUGAACUUUCAAACGAUCCCAUCCAGCGAGCUAUUGCGCGCCUAGAGAGGCAGCACGAAGAAGAUAAACAGGUCGCUCUUGAGAAGCAGCGUCUGGAGUACGAACGUCAGUUUCAGCAGCUGCGCAACAUUUUAUCCCCAUCUACUCCCUACUCUCCUUAUGUACCUUAUGACCCACUAAGAGGUAGUCACAGUGGUAAACUACCCGCCUGCACACCAACAACACAAAUGCGAGUUGAAAAGUGGGCCCAGGAACGUGAUGAAAUGUUUAAGCGCAGUCUUGGUCAAUUGAAAACUGAUAUACUUAAAGCCAAUUCAUUAGUACAAGAAGCGAAUUUCCUGGCUGAGGAAAUGGAUAAGCAGACUAAGUUCAGUGUUACCCUACAGAUACCUCCGUAUAAUUUAAGUCCUAAUCGAAAGAGUGUAUUUUUUCAGCGCGGUGCGUUUGUUAGUGAACCGGCGAUUCUGGUAAAGCGUGCGAACAUGGGUAGUCAAGUCUGGACAAUGGAGAAACUGGAGAACAAAUUGAUCGACAUGCGGGACAUGUACGAAGAAAAAAAAUACAACAAUAACAGUCUGCCGCGAUUGCCAGCAAUAAAAGACGAAGUACCGGGAAAAACUCAGGACCCGUUUUACGAAUCACAAGAGAAUCAUAAUCUCAUUGGAGUAGCAAAUAUAUUUCUGGAGGUUUUAUUUCACGAUGUGAGACUCAAUUAUCAUACGCCGAUUAUCAGUCAACAGGGAGAAGUCGCGGGUCGGCUUCAGGUUGAGAUAAGUCGAGUAAGUGGACAGUUUCCCCAGGACAGAAUAUGCGAAGCUGCUUCUGAAACCUCUGGCUCGGAUUCAGGUUCGUCUGAGCACGAGGACGACACGGGAACAAGUCAGAUAACGUGUCGCGUGACAAUUAAACAAGCAAGCGGACUCCCACUCUCACUAAGUCACUUUGUCUUCUGUCAAUACACAUUUUGGGGUCACCCUGAGCCAAUUGUCGUCCCGCCAGUUGUCAAUCCAGAUUUACCAGCGACCAAUUGCAACACAAUUAAUAUUAAUACCACUACCACAACUCCAAAUCAACGUGACUCAAUGACGUUUCAAUUUAAUCACACAAAAGACUUGACCGUACCCGUUAAUGAAGAAUUCAUGGAACAUUGCUCGGAAGGUGCACUAAGUAUUGAAGUCUGGGGACACAGAAGCGCUGGUUUUUCGCGAAGUAAACCCGGAUGGGAAGUAGAACAACAGUUAGCCAAAGCACGGUCCCUCGCUGACCGCUGGUCGGAAUUGACGAGGAAAAUUCAAUUGUGGGUUGAAAUACAAGAGCUGAAUGAACAGGGUGAGUAUUCACCCGUUGAAGUUGUGAUGAAACCCGACGCAAUGACCGGUGGGGUUUAUCAACUACGUCAGGGACAGCAGCGUAGGAUACAGGUGCGAGUUAAGCCCGUAAAAAAUUCUGGUACGCUGCCCAUAAUAUGUCAGUCUGUGCUAGACAUAGCAGUCGGAAGUGUUUCCGUACGUAAUCGCUACCAAAUUCCACUGGACAGUUAUCAAGAUGAGGAUUUAAAUGUCCUGAGGGAAAAAUGGAGCGACGCGUUGAUGAGGCGACGGCAGUACCUGGAUCAGCACAUUCAGAAGUUGAUAAACAAAAAAAAUAAAACUGACCAAGAUGGCGAGCGCGAGCAAAGUUUAGUUGACCAGUGGGUUAAUUUAACUGAGGAACGUAAUGCCGUAUUAGUACCAGCAGCAGGUUCUGGAAUACCUGGGGCUCCUGCUGACUGGAACCCACCUCCAGGUAUGGAGCCACACAUUCCCGUACUAUUUCUUGAUCUCAACGCCGACGAUUUGUCGACUCACCAGUCUGGUGAAGAAGUUUCCAUUACCGGUUUGAAUUCCAUAAUAUCUAAAGAACAUGGUAAUAAAUUUUUUACUCUACCAAUAAUACGUCAUUUAGAAAAAGACGUAUGCGCUAUUGCCGCAUGGGACUCUAGUAUACACGACGACGUUCAUUUAAAUCGCGUUACCGAUACCAAUGAACGGGUAUUUUUAAUAUUAAAAACAACCGUCCGAUUGUCACAUCCAGCGCAGAUGGACCUCGUGCUGCGGAAAAGACUCGCGCUUAAUAUUUACAAAAGACAAAGCAUUGCUGAUAGAUUAUUUAAGAGAAUCGUACGUACUGACUGUCUAACCCAGACCGGGGUAACUUACGAAGUUGUUUCCAAUAUACCAAAGGCUAGCGAAGAGCUAGAGGACCGCGAAAGCUUGGCACAGAUUGCCGCUAGUGGCGAAGACAGUGGACUGUGCGAUGGAGAGACUUAUAUUGAAAAAUAUACAAGAGGUGUUUCGGCAGUCGAAAGCAUUUUGACACUAGAUCGAUUGAGACAAAACGUCGCAGUUAAAGAACUACUCCAAGCACAGGGUCAACCAUUGAUGCGCAAGACAGCCAGCGUACCAAACUUUUCGCAGAUAAUGAGAUUCGACACCUCCAUGGAAACGCUGAGUGUCACGCGCUCAGAAAGUGUAACUGAUCUCAAUUCGGAACUUAAUGGCCUACCUCAUCACCCAAGACGGGCGUCAGUCGGACACGCGAGAAAUGACGACAGUCUUCUCAACACGACACCAUUGAAACCAUUCGGAAUCGCAUCACCAAAUAUGACCGGUAAGUUGGGUCUGCGUAUGACGACAUUACAUGAAGAAACGUCACACAGUAAUCAUCCGGUAUCUCCGAUCCAAGAUGACGACGAAGAAAAAAGUGAUGCUGAUUAUUCUGAGUAUGAAGCUUACAAGGCACCGACAAAGUUUGUGAAGCCACUAACAACUUCACGUACACUUGACUCACUGGCAGAGCUUCAAUCAACCAAGAUUAAUACACCGAGUAUGAGUAGCAGUGGUUAUGGAUCUCAAGCCGUAUCAACAACAAAUUUGACCUCCGAUGACUCGAUGUCGAUAAAAUCAAUCAGCGUUGACGAGACACCUGACUUAGAGUAUCGCAAUUUAAUUGACUUCAAAAAACCCGAAAAAAUGGACAGCUCAUUGGUUGAAGAAACUCCAGAAGAAUAUUUAGGAGAAAUAAACACCGACUUAGAUAAUUUGACUGUCUCACAACGAAUAGCAGACGACGUACGACAGACCGAGACAGCAAGACCGGAAAAUCCGGAUAUCAGCAAACGUUUCUCCAACCCCUUUAAUAAAAAUGACAGUGAAGAAUUAAAUACGCAAAGUAAUUCAUCGAUUGAUGACAAAGAUCACGAAGAUAAAAGAAAUGAAAUGGAAAUCAGCCAAGGGUCAAGUGACGAUAGUCCUCUGGAGGGCAAUUCAAUUGUCAAUACAAAACUUCCACCUGGUAAAGUUGUGCGGAGACGGAAACAAUCCGGUAGUUCUGCCUCGAGAACUUCAAAUAUUAAUAUUAAUAAUAAUAAUAACAAUAAUAAUAGCAGUAAUAAUAAUAAUAAUCAACACCGAGCUUCAUUUCCAAUGGUCCGUCCACACCUCUCGGAAAGUAAAGUCGCAGCACAACUAGAGCAUAUACUUCAGCAACCAGAUAUGGGCUACGAGAAUGGUGACAAUAGUUCGUCAGCAGAACGUAUCGACGACGAUAUGAGCGAUAAAAAUUCCGGAUUCGGUUCACGACACGAUUUAACGAGAAUAGAACCUCCUCUGCCUGACUGGGUGGUAGUUGGCGAGUCCGUUAUGGUGAGACCUUACAGUUAUUGCGGCGUUAUUGCAUAUAUUGGACCCACGGAAUUUGCAUCUGGCACUUGGAUUGGUGUCGAGCUUGAUGCUCCAACCGGUAAAAAUGAUGGUGCUGUUAAUGGGCAACGUUAUUUCACAUGUAGACCCAAGUGUGGAAUAUUUGUUAAAGUAGAUAAACUAAUUCAAGACAGAAGAGGUAGAGCUUUAAGAAGUUUUACUAAACAGGAAACAGCACCACCUCCAUCAUCUACUAUGCGCAGAAGUGUCAGUCGAGGUGAAGGUUUACAUUCAUUGCAUCGAAGCCGAAGUCGUGGUGAAGGCCUUUCAACAACCGGUACUCGAUAUCCAUCGCGUGGAAAAUGAGCCCAUUUGGUAUAAAUAAAAUCAUCUACAAUAAAAUAUACAAUACAAUACCAUUAAAUAAAACAAUAUCUUACAAUUAGUUGCUACAUGCCUACACUAUAUGUAGCAGCGGUGUUUUCAGUCCUCUAGUAUAAUAAAUAGAGCAGCUAAUUGAUUACGAUUAUCAUUGUUGUCAUAAAAAUUUAUCAGUACAGUAAAAAAUUACUUUGAGCAUUAGUACAUUUGUUUAAAACCAUUCGACGCAAUCGAACUAAAUAAUUAUUUAAUAAAAGACGUCGCCAGUCAGGCAUAUUUAUUCUCACUAGAAGUAGAAAAAAAAAAUAACAUUGAAAAAUAUUUAAAAAUGAUAAAUAAUUUUUAAGCAUUCCAUUGAAUUUAUUUCAUUUAUUAAAAUCCAUCUCUUUAUUUCAUAUAUAUAUUUCAUGUUAAUUGUUUUCUUUAAUCGUUCGUUAUUUUACAUAAUUGGGCAUUCAAAUGUCCCGCGCCUAAAUUUAAAUUUUACAAUAAACUAAUUUGUAAUAAAAAAAAUAUAAAUAAUGAUUUUAAUUAAAAUACAAUAACAAUAAAAAAAAAAUAGCGCGAUAAAGACAAGUCGGUAAUAAAAAAAAAAUCGACGUAAUAUCUUACACGAUUACUUUCCAAAAUUACUUGUAUGGUAAUUUAAUCCACAGGAAAAGUAUCGUAAUUAAUUAAAAUAAUUGUUAAUCACCAUCUUAACAAUUACCCAUAAAAAAUAAUAAUAAAUAAUUAUAAUUAUUAAUGAAUUAAUUAUCUACGUGUGUAGAUUAUUUAAAAAAGAUUUUAUAUGUAUACAGUUGUUUAAUAUUGUAUUUUUUUAGCGCGACCUGUUCCUUAUUAUAAUUUUUUUUUUUAAUUAAUUAAAUUAAUUUAAUUAUUAUUUUUAAUUAUUAUUGUACCAUACAGUUGACACUAUUAUUUUUUUAUGUUACUACAUGAGUACGGUUUUUAUUUAUAAAUAAAAAAAAAUAAAUAAAUAAACUAAUAAUAAUUAAUAAUUACAUAAAUUAAAAUGUCGAAUGCUUGGGUGCAUUCCGACGGCUUUUAAGUGUUUGUUAAUAUAAUUAUAAUUAUUAUUUAAAAAAAAAAAUGAAUUAUAAAUGAAAACUACAAUUUAAGUUUAAUAAUUAAGUAAUUAAAAAAAAUGUGCAGUAGGGAUGCAAUAUUAGUAAAUUAAGUUUAGCCAUUAGGGAUUAAUAAAUUACUUGCUUAAUUGAAUAUA